AUCAUUUGUGAACACUCCGACGUCCUCCAGAGCCCAAAGUUUUAGAGCGGAACCCAGGUUUACACCAGAUAUGGGAAAUGCUACACUUUUAAUGGCAACAAGACCACAUCCAGGAAAACCAAGCAGGGCGGAAUGGGAAAUGGGCUGGAGAUCAUGUUGGAUAUCCAGCAGGAUGAGUAUCUGCCCAUCUGGAGAGAGACAAAUGAGACCUCCCUGGAGGCUGGCAUCCGAGUUCAGAUACACAGUCAGGACGAACCUCCCUACAUUCACCAGCUGGGCUUCGGUGUCUCUCCGGGCUUUCAGACCUUUGUUUCAUGUCAGGAGCAGAGGCUGACCUACCUGCCCCAGCCCUGGGGGAACUGCCGAUCCACCAGCAAAGAGAAGUUCCCAGGAUAUGACACAUACAGCAUCAGCGCCUGUCGUUUGCUCUGCGAGACCAACGAAGUCCUGCGAGUGUGCAACUGCAGGAUGGUGCACAUGCCUGGAACUGCAGAUAUCUGCCCUCCCAGUAAAAUCAACUGUGUUGACAAAGCACUCGCACAGCUACAGAAGAACAGUGGGGAUACCUGUCCAUGCGAGACACCCUGUAAUCUCACCCGCUACGGUAAAGAGCUCUCCAUGGUCAAAAUCCCCAGCAAAGGCUCCGCUCGCUAUCUCUCCAGGAAAUACGACAAGUCAGAGGACUACAUCAGAGACAACUUCCUGGUCUUAGAUAUCUUCUUUGAAGCCCUGAACUAUGAAACAAUUGAGCAGAAGAAAGCAUAUGAUGUUGCAGGUUUAUUAGGUGACAUUGGUGGACAGAUGGGUUUAUUCAUUGGAGCCAGCAUCCUGACAAUUUUAGAGAUACUGGAUUAUAUCUAUGAGGUGAUCAAACAACGGCUACAACGUCUGCUGAGGCCGCAGAAAGAAGAGAAGACGAGCAAGCAGCAGACCAGCACUGUUGCAACAGUGGGUCUAGAGGAAAUGAAAGCAAAGGAGCCCAACGACAUGACACGGAGUCACCCAGAGGGGGCGUAUGCCAACACGAUCCUGCCCAACCACCACCUCCCUCACCCUCACCCUCACCCUCACCACCAUCACGCCGGGCACCACGGGGUGUUUGAGGACUUCGCUUGCUAGAGCCAACCAUUGUUUCCUGUCCUGGUGACAACAAAAGAUGAGAGCUGUCUGUGUUGAGAUCAAUAACAGACCCUCUGCGUUUCCGUCGGUCCUUUGCUGUCACCAGUGAAAAGCUACAGCCAAAGUCGAACACCAAACUUGUGCUGCUAACAAACCACUUGUACGUACAGUAUGUAGGCACAAAUUGGACACCGCUUUCUCUAUUUUUUGUUUUUUGUCUGGAUGGGACCCCUCUCAACUUUGUCCUGCUUCAAGCGAGGAGUCAGGCACUUUGUGAUUUCAGGACCAAUUUUUGGUACAUGAUCACUACAUUGAAACAAGAGGAGGACUGCAUGUCACCUUGAUCCAGUUUAUACUCCAAAAAAGGAAAAAUAUGAUUUAUUUAUUCAGCUAGCAUCUCAGAUUUUUCUGUCUGUAUCCCUCCAUUUAUCUCUCCUCAAACUACCGUACUUCAUGGAAAACACACUGUACCAUAUCAAGCCAUUGCACCGUCAUGAAUUGUGUAAUUAUUUAAAGAGAUACUGUUAUCUAUAUGUUCUAUAUUGUAUACAAAAUGAGAAGUAAGCAAAUCUUAUUCAUGUUACAUCCAUCCAAACUAUGAGGGGAAUUAUUUAGGCUGAAAUGUUUGACCUUGGCUUAGAAGAUCUAGCAGCAUCUUUCCACAUAAUACACUUUGUCUGAUUUGUGGUUAAGGUGGUAGAGAAUAGCAUUGUACUUGUACAUUAACUUUAAAAUGAGACAGUUCUAAAGUUCUGUUUUAAUGGUUGUUGUUUAUAUUCAGUUCAUAUAUAACUUAUGUAAUAUUAAUUUUAGUUAUUUAUACAUUUUAGAAAAAGAAUUUUAUAUGACAAAAGCGAUCACGAUUGUAGCAAUUACUGUACACUUAGAAUCUGCAGAUACGUUAGACUGCCAAACAUCAACAUUUGUCCGGGUAACAAAAAUGGACUGUAUGGAUCGUGACUUAUCUGUAUCAUUUCCUCAUAUAUGUCCUGCUUUUUUUCUUACCUAAACAUCCUCCGAGACGAUAAAUCACAAAUCCUUAUGGAUGGACAUGUAACCAGUUAUGACAUGGUUGUACUUAAAUCAUUCUUCAUAUUCAGUCUUAUUCAGUUCAUUUCUGCCCACCAUCAACUCUUCACUUUGGUUAGCAUCCUAACUUUAAGCUGACAUAAGCAAUAACAGCCAGAAUUUAAUUUUUCGCCAACUCAUCUCCUUCAACUGUGGGUCAGGAACACUGUAAAAGUGUAACAGCUAUUAACAGUGUAGACCCUGUAUCAGUGUGUGUGUGUGUGUGUGUGUGUUUGUUUGCAUGUGCACUUCAACAUUUUGCACAUGACUGAGCACAUUAGACUGAUGCGGCUCGGCUGAGCUGAUCAAUGAAAAAAAGGGGAUGUUUGAGAAUCAGAAUAGCUGAAGCGAAAGCUUUGAGUUUACUGAAGCAGUAAGGUUUUUAUCUUCUCAAUGUAGAGCUAGAGCAGCAGAGUUUAAUGUAAGCAAACAUUGUUCUGAUGGCUGAAAUAGUCUUAUUGGUUCACUUAAUGGGCUGUACAAAAGACAACACAGUUUUUAAGAGCACAAGUUAACAAAGUGGGAAAUAAAAAUAAAAAUGGAGACUCAUACAUUGAUCGAUUUAUAAUCAUGUUUGUCAGCUUGCUCUCGAGUAGCCGUUUUCCACUGCAGUAACUUAACUUGUAACCUCAGGCUUCCCAUAACCUGAACUUUUAAGAACGUGUGAGGUUCUUCCGCGCAUUUCCAUUGUAUUUUACAAAUUUACACCAUUAAAAAGGCAACAAUGGGACCAAUUAUACUGUGUCAUAUAACUGUAACUACAUCAUCUUUAUGGUAGAACUAUGUUAGCAGUUGUGGGACAGACAACAAUGGAAGAAGUGGCACUGAUGUUGAUUUGCUUUCACAAUUAUGCGAGCUGUAGGACACUGCUGAGGCCAUCUUGUUUCAUUAUUUGUAUUUGUUCCCUGCACUUUUUGGCCGAGUGUUGUGGCCAGAUGAAUAGAAAUAAUCUUUUGGUCCACUUUUUGGUUUGAAUUGCUCUCUUACCCAAUAAGGGCUACAACAUCUUUGUCCAACAACCUUGCUCCAGUGCUCUUCUUUUUCAAAAACGGUUUUU